CCUGUUGCGCUGCUCCCCGGAUUCCACACCACUAGCUGAGCGGGGCAGGGCCCAGGGCUCCAACCGGGGGGAAAAGGCUGCGCCGCUCCCGGAGUGGCCCCGUUUCCCUUCUCUGAGCGUGAGCGGCGGCGCGGGACCCAGACGGCUCUGCCGGGGACCAGCAGGCCUCGGGCAUCCGGGCCAGGAGCGGGAGCGCGGGGCGGGGGUUGGGGGUGGGGGUGGCCGGCGGCGGGGCCGCGCCCUCGGCCACUCCCCGGGGCAACCGGGCGGCUCCACACGCGCUGCGCCCGCCGCCGGCCCCACGCGCGGCCCAUGUCCUCCGCGCUGCGCUCGCCCACCCCGCGGCCCCGCAGGAUGAAGAAAGACGAGUCGUUCCUGGGCAAGCUGGGCGGCACCCUGGCCAGAAAGCGGAGGGCGCGCGAGGUGAGUGACCUGCAGGAAGAAGGCAAGAAUGCCAUCAACUCGCCGAUGUCCCCUGCCCUGGCGGAUAUUCACCCUGAAGACACCCAGCUCGAGGAGAACGAGGAACGCACGAUGAUUGACCCCACCUCCAGGGAUGACCCCAAAUUCAAGGAACUGGUCAAGGUCCUCCUCAACUGGAUUAACGAUGUGCUGGUGGAGGAGAGGAUCAUUGUGAAGCAGCUGGAAGAAGACCUGUAUGACGGCCAAGUGCUGCAGAAGCUCUUGGAAAAACUGGCAGGAUGCAAACUGAAUGUGACUGAGGUGACACAGUCGGAAAUAGGGCAGAAACAGAAGCUGCAGACGGUGCUGGAAGCAGUACAUGACCUGCUGCGACCUCGCGGCUGGGCGCUCCGGUGGAGUGUGGACUCAAUUCACGGGAAGAACCUGGUGGCCAUCCUGCACCUGCUAGUCUCUCUGGCCAUGCACUUCAGGGCCCCCAUCCGCCUUCCUGAGCAUGUGACUGUGCAGGUGGUGGUUGUGCGGAAGCGGGAAGGCCUGUUGCAUUCCAGCCACAUCUCGGAGGAGCUGACCACAGCCACAGAGAUGAUGAUGGGCCGGUUUGAGCGGGACGCCUUCGACACGCUGUUCGACCACGCCCCGGACAAGCUCAGCGUGGUGAAGAAGUCUCUCAUCACUUUUGUGAACAAGCACCUGAACAAGCUGAAUCUGGAGGUGACGGAACUGGAGACCCAGUUUGCAGAUGGCGUGUAUCUGGUUCUGCUAAUGGGCCUCCUGGAAGACUACUUUGUUCCUCUCCACAACUUCUACCUGACCCCGGAAAGCUUCGAUCAGAAGGUCCAUAAUGUGUCCUUCGCCUUUGAGCUGAUGCUGGACGGAGGCCUGAAGAAACCCAAGGCUCGCCCUGAAGACGUGGUGAACUUGGACCUGAAAUCCACACUGAGGGUUCUUUACAACCUGUUCACCAAGUACAAGAAUGUGGAGUGACGGGGGAGCUGCGGAUGGUGGCAGGAGUGUCCCAGCGGGAAAAGCACCAUCUGUCAGUGCCCUGUACCUUUCCAGGGAGGCAGGCGCCAUGGGCUUCUGGUCCCAGCUGUGUGACUGUCAUCCCCACCCCACCCUUACCCCACCCCCCAACUGGACCCCCUACCCACAUCCCAUCCCAGCCCCUCCCCCCACUCCACCCCACCUCCUGCCUCUUUUGGCUGUUGUUCUCAAUCCCCUUUCCAUGUAAUUCCCAAUGGAUGAGAGCCUUUGAAAAUGCAGGAUUCUAAACACCGGUGCUUGCGUUUGAGGCCUCGAGUCACCUCAGGUGCGUGGGAUGCUGAGUCCGUUGUUGUCUGCCUUGGCCAAAAGAUGAAAAAAAAAGCCUGAACCCCCGUCCCCUGCUGAUUGAGAGCACCCUGCAUUCUGCCUGCUGGUGCAAUUAGCGAUCACAGGCACUCAGAAGCUGCGGCAUCAGCUCUGCAGGAACGCCUGCUCCCCAAGGACCUGUGCCUGACAGCUCGACGGGGAUCUCCGGGGCUGGGCUCUCCUUGGAAGUGAGGCCUUUUUAAUAAAAGGGUUUUGCAGUUUGAAAAACUUUAAAGUGACAGAAGCUUAGAUGUGACACGAGUGUUCUCCACCCACAUUCCUGUCACUUCUUGGCUACUCCUUGUUGUUUUAAUGUAGCUUUUGCACAAACAUCCAAGACCUAGGAUGGCUCCGCUGCUGCAGUCCUCGGAAGGAGCUGUUUGCUGGGGGCAUUUCUGAAUUUCUCACUGUGGUUGAGGGGCUGGGUCUGGAGAUGGUGGUUCUAAUUGUGCUGCUGGAGACAGCGUGGGCCCGAGCUCUCCCCUUCAGAGCCCCUUUUAGGGAAUGAAUGCAUCUUCGGAAACCUUGAAACGAGGGUGUGCGUUGGUUCAUUGGCCUUGUGUAAUAAAGUGCCACAGGUGAGUUGCUCAGAUGUCAGUCAUGUCCUCAGGCCUCUUGCCUUUGCUUCUGGAUGCUGGCUUCUCCCUGUGUCUUCACAUGGUCUUCCCCGUGUGUGUCUGUGUCCUCAAUGCCUCUUUCAUUUUUAUUAUUAUUUUUUGAGACAGGGUCUCACUGUCACCCAGGAAUAAAGUGGUGCCAUCUGGGCUCACUGCAGCCUUGAUCUCCCAGGCACAAGUGAUCCUCCUACUUCAGCUUCCCGAGUAGCUGGGACCACAGGUACACACCACUAUGCCCAUCUAAUUUUUGUAUUUUCAGUACAGACAGGGUUUCACCAUAUUUCUGAGGCUGGUCUCAAACUCCUGGGCUUAAGUGACCCGCCCACCUCAGUCUCCUAAAGUGCUGGGAUUAUAGGCAUGAUCAGUCAUGCCCAAGCUGACCUCCUCUUCUUAGAAGGGGUGGCUGGGUGCGGUGGCUCACAUCUGUAAUUCCAGCACUUUGGGAGGCCAAGGCAGGUGGAUCAUGAGGUCAGGAGUUCAAGACCAUCCUGGCCAAGAUGAUGAAACCCCAUCUCUACUAAACUAUAAAAAUUAGCCAGGUGUUGUGGCGUGCACCAGUAGCCCCAGCUCAUGUAGGCUGAGGCAGGGAAUUGCUUGAACCCAGGAGGUGGAGGUUGCAGUGAGCCGAGAUUGCACCACUGCACUCCAGCCUGGUGCAACAGAGUGAAGACUCCAUCUUAAAAAAAAAAAAAAAAAAAAAAGGCUGCCGUCUCACUGGAUUAGAGCCCACUUAUAGCUCAUUUAACCUCGAUUACCUCCAUAAAGACCCUCUCUCUAAAUAUCGUCAUGCGGGAGGUGCUGUGGAUUAGGACUUGAGCAUGUGGAUUUGGGGGACGUAAUUCCCCUUGUAAUGGGAGGAUAUGAAAUGUUCAUCUCAUUCUCCCUGUAGCCCCGAGAGCAUCUUCCUUUAAAGCAUCUUAUAAAAGGAGACACUGCUCACUCGGUUACGGGCUAUUCACCCCCUCGCUCACCCCAGCUCUGGAUCGAGUCACUGCACUCCAGCCUGGGUGACAAAGUGAGGCUCUAGCUCAAAAAAAAAAAAAAAAAACAAAAAAACAAAACUGCAAUUUUCAGCCAAAAUGAGCAGUCCCAGCCCAUUCUGUGUCAUCAGAGGGGACAGGACAGUUACUCUGGGAGGAGGCUUCAGCUCCCCAGAAUUGGCGAUCCCAUCGGCCAUGCUUUCUGGGCCAGCCUCUGGUCACAGUAGGUCCCUCGCUGUGGUGCCCCCACCAUGCCCCGUCCCCAGUGCCUUCCCAGAGCUAUGACCCACCGACCCCCUGGGGUGCACCUGCUGCAAAGCGGCCCUGCCUUGGCUCCUCACAGCAUCCUCCGCAACGAGCUGGGCCUUUCUGAUUGCUCUAGCUUUUUGUCUUCCUGCUGCAGAUCAGAGCUGUUGAGUAAGUUUUAAUAUGAAAUCAAACGCCAACACGGAAGUUUUAGAAAACAGUUUAAUAUUCCCCUCAGUUCCGGCUGUUGCUAGGCUGGGGAUGGGUUCAGAAGAGCCAUUUUGAUGAGGUGGCUUCCCAGCAGGGGAAAGAAAUAAUUAAAACGGCAUUACAGUGGCUCCUGCGGGAUGCAGUGACAUUAAAGAGCCACACUGACAAAAAACCUGGUGCCGGAACGUUCUGUGCUGCCUCUGUGACACGCACAGGACCGUGGCCCCUGGAGCUCAUGGAGCAGCCCUGCCCUGUCCUGGCCUGCUCACAGUCCUGGAGAGGGCGCUGUGCCUUCCCGGGGGUCGGCAUUUGAAGAGAACAGAGCUUGGCUAGGCGUGGUGGCUCAUGCCUGUAAUCCCAGGACUUUGGGAGGCUAAGGCAGAUGGAUCACUUGGGGUCAGAAAUUCCAUACCAGCGUGGCCAACAUGUUGAAACUCCAUCUCUACUAAAACAAAAAUUAGCCAGGGGUGUGGCACAUGCCUGUAAUCCCAGCUACACAGGAGGCUGAGGCAGGAGAAUCACUUGAACCUGGGAGGUGGAAGUUGCAGUGAGCCGAGAUUGUGUUAGUGCCCUCCAGCCUGGGUGAUAGAGUGAGACUGUCUCCGAAGGAAAGAAGGAAGGAAGGAGGGAAGAAGGGAGGGAGGGAGGGAGGGCAGGAAGGAUAAAGGAAGGAGAUAAGGUCUUGCUGCAUGCGCAGGCUGGAGUGCAGUUGUCAUUCACAGACACACGUGGCACACGGCAGCCUUGAACUCCUGGGCUCAAGUUAUCCACCUGCUUCUGCAUCCCAAAUUCCCGGGACUCAGGUGGAUGCCACCACACCUGGCUUGGGUGUGAUAUUUUGUCCCAAUUCUUUUCAAACUGGUUCCAAGGUGUAGGUGUGCCCUUUGCAUACCUGGGAGGCCGCCUUAGGCUUGACUCUGCUCAUUUUUCUCCAUCUAUCAUCAGUUUGAAUCUGAAUUCACAGCCUGGCCUGGCCAGAUGCAUCGAGGGGCCGGUUCCAAGGCAGGAUUCAGGGUGAACUCGAUUCCCGUGGGCUCGGGACGAAUGGUCACUGGGGCACGAGGCCGGGGUAAGACCGCUGGUCUGCUGCAGUUCUUGGUGCUUAGUUCAGAGAAGCUCUGGGCACCACAUUUUCAGUGAAUUGUUCUUUGAAGAGGAACCCUGGUCCAUAGGAACUAAGUGAAAGCAAAACCAUGUAUCUCCACCCGUGGGGGCAGAUGUCAAGGAGGUCUCAGGUCUGCAGGGGCCGAGUGGACGCUCGGACAAGGGCGGGAAGGCAUUUGCUGAUUCUCCUCCUCUGGAUGUGCCUCUCAACCCACACCAGCUCGGGGAGCCUCCCGCAGCUUCAGUUCCCCCUUGAUUCCACACACUGUUAUGCAAGCGCAGAGCCCCGAGCCCCGCCGGGCCGCGGUGUCCUAAUUGGAGGUGGCAAAGAGCAAUUUCAUGUUAAAGCAACGAAAUCCUUUGCCCCGUUGGGUGUGCCGGUAUUUUAUUGUCUUAUUCAUUGUUUUAAGCAGUGUUUACUUUGGAUUUCUGGAUGUUAAAUAAAAGCCACGAAAACCCUGGCCCUGCUGUUGGUCAGGCCCGCCUGGCUGACCACAGGAAGCAAGCGCUUUUCGGGAGCCCACUGCCACGCCAAGCAAGCACUUCCUAAGCCAGAGAUGUGGUUAGGAAAAUGCCUCCUGGUGUCACAAUGUGCUGUUAUUUAUUCCAAUAAAGAGCUCGCGAGCAUGGGCCUGUC